AUGUUCGAUGACUCGGACGGUGCGUCAUCUGAAGAUGAUAACUUCAGCACAUACGGUGAGUCUCCUAUCGAAGAAGACGAAGAUUCACCAACGCUACCUUCCAAGAAGAGAUAUCAGAACUUCUUGAUGAGCGAAUCUAAAGGGAAUCUGGAGGUUUUGAAGUUGGAGAUGUCGUCGUUAGACCUUGCGGUAGGACAACGAUACUUGACUAAAAAGCAUUUGAAGAGACGACUGAAACUUUUUACAGUGAGGCAUCAAUUUGAUUUUGAUGUAGAAAUAUCAAACCUGACAACAUACGUUGUUAAGUGUUGGGUUGAUGGAUGUACAUGGAGAGUUCGUGCAUCUACCGAAGGAUUGUCCCCGCAGUUUUAUAUUCGUAUUUACGACUCGGAUCAUGCAUGUUCUGUAACUGAGCGUUCUAAUCGAUCUCGAAAUGCAACACCGGAUAUUUUAGGAGAGUUGUACAAGAACUUUCUCGGCGACGUUGGUCCGGCCGUUCGCCCUGAGAGUGUCGGAAUAGCUAUCACUAAGCAGUUUGGUGUAAAGAUGGAAUAUUGGAAAUCACACCGGACGCUUAAAUGUGCAAGGGAAAUCGAUGAGGGCACACCUGAGUGUGGUUUUGAACUCUUGCCUUCUUACUUAUACAUGAUAAGAAGGGCAAAUCCGAAUACAGUUACGCGUCUUCAAAUCGAUGAGCUUGGAAGAUUCAUGUAUGUGUUCCUUGCGUUUGGUGCGAGCGUUAAUGGGUUUCCUUUCAUGCGCAAAGUUGUUGUCGUCGACGGUACGUUUCUUAAUGGUAAAUAUAAAGGGACGCUACUCACAGCACUAGCUCAGGAUGGUAACUUUCAGAUUUUUCCAAUAGCCUUCGCAGUGGUUGACACUGAAAAUGAUGAUUCGUGGAAUUGGUUUUUUACGCAACUAAAAGUGUUGAUUCCUGACCAUGAGGGUCUUGCGAUAAUAUCAGAUAGGCAUAACUCGAUAGGGAAAGCAAUUACAAAUGUGUAUCCGUUAGCUGCUCGUGGAAUAUGCACCUAUCAUUUGUAUAAAAACAUAUUGGGACGGUACAAAGGAAAAGAUGUAUUUCGGCUGGUGAAGAAAGCGGCGAGAUGUUUUAGAAUGUCUGACUUUGAUAUGAUUUUCGAGGAGAUUGAAGCACUUAAUCCUGAUCUCCACGGCUACCUCGAAAGAGCUGAUGUCAGACUGUGGACACGUGUUUAUUUCCCGGGCGAGAGGUACAAUUUGAUGACUACGAACAUAGCGGAAUCAAUGAACAGAGCAUUAUCGCAUGCUAGAGGUCUUAACAUUGUUCGAAUAUUGGAAUCGAUACGGGUUAUGAUGACCAGAUGGUUUGCUGAACGAAGAGUGGAUGCCAGAUCGCAGUCAACCACACUCACGCGCGGUGUGGAGAAACUAUUACAAGGAUGUGUAAGUGCCUCCCGGGAUUGGACGGUUCAAAGGAUUGAUGACCAUCACACUGAAGUUAAAUAUAGCGCUGCUGGCGAGUCUUUGAAUGUUGUUAAUUUGGUUGAGCGAAAGUGCACAUGUCGGCGUUUCGAUGUCGAGAAAAUACCAUGUGUACACGCAAUCGCAGCUGCAGAGGAAAGAAAUGUUUCUCGUAUAUCACUGUGCAGUCCUUACUAUAAAAGCACUUAUUUAGCUAGCGCAUACGUUGAAUCGGUCAUACCGGUUGACUCAGCGCUACCUGUUCCAGAUAACGUGGCUAACGUACAGUGCUUUCCACCGUUUAUUCGUCAACAACCGGGAAGACCUAAAAAAAAUAGGAUGAAAUCUGCUUUAGAAGUUGCACUUGCAAACAAACGUCCUAGGAAAGAGCACAUAUGUUCUCGUUGCAGUCAAAGUGGACAUAAUGCGAGAACUUGUCCGAUAUAA